CGCAAUUUGUACACCACGUGAGUUGGGAGUCGGGAUUCUUUUGGCAGGAUGUGCGCAUAUCCUAUAAGCCGAAAAUGGUGUUGCGUACAUCUAAAAAGGUCACUGUGUCUGUAAUUGGAUACCCAGGUUCGGCAGUCGGUGCUCGCCAGCAUGUUGGAAAGUCGUGUUUAAUCAGUCGUUUCCUAGUUCCGUCACAUUUCAAUGACAACCAUUUAUCUGUGCUCAGUUUAUCAGAUUUUGAUGGAGAAGUAGUCUGUUCCAGUCACUGGCUCUACUGGGGGGAUAGCAGUGUAAAUGUCGAUGGUGUUGCAAUACAAAUCAGAAUUAUCGAACAGUGUGAUUUCGUGGAUGAUCACGUCUUUCAGCCUCUCUUUGAGGACAGGCCUUAUGCUGAAAGAUGCCUGGACUGCAAAAUUCACCUUCAUUCAAGGAAGCUAUCGUACAUUUGUAAAGAACAGCUUGGUCAUGAGUCUGCCUUCCCACAAGUAUAUCUUGAUCCCACAACUCUGUCCGUCGAUGUUUUUGUAUACGCAUACGAUAUGUCAUUGCGUGGACCUGAAGCUUUACAACAGGCUGCUUUUUUGCGACAUGUUGUGUCGCGUCUGUCGUCAUUGAAGUUACCAAUCGUUGUUGCGACGACCAAACAUGAUAUAGUUGUUUCUAAUGAAGCUUCAAUCUUACUCAGGAAAACUGUUAGCGAAUCCAAAAGAAGUUGGAUGAAAAAUGUUUGCGUUGUGGAGACAUCUUCACGUCUCAAUAUUAACGUCUGUACUGUUUUUCAAUGUGCUGCAUUUUUCGGAUAUUAUAAUGACAUGAAAAAGCAUAAACUUCGUAAUGGUCUUCUAGAUCCUAUUCUCAAGAGAGCAUUAAAUUUGCGAAAGCCGUUCCCUAUAUGUUUCAAGAAGUCAUUAUGCUCCAGUUUACGUUGGUUUGAAUAUGAUAUGAACUCGUGUAAUGGAAACCUACAUUCGUCUGUUAGUAUACCUUCAAGUUGUCAAAAUAAAGAUUGCUACAUUCAUUCUAUACACUCUGGUGGAUUUACUGCAUCAAAGAGUGAGCUAGGGAUUUCAGAACAAUUUGUACCAUCUCAGGACGUUACUUUAACUAGAGCAAACAAUGCUGCCUGUGGCCUUUCCGUCUUACCAGCUCCUCCGUCAGUGCCUUUAACUGGUCCAUGUAGUUUGAAUACAAUUGGAACUAUCGCCUCUUCUUCUUCUUCUUCUUCAGCUGCUGCUGCUGCUCCUACUGAAAUGAAUAAAUCAGUAUCAUUUCCAAAUAAAAGUACUGACGUGUUAAAUAGUACAGCUUGGGGAGAUACAGUUGUAAAGAUACGCGUACAUGGUCAAUCAGAAACCACCAAUCAAAUAACUUUGGCGCUUGAAGAUUUCUGUCCUUUAGAACAUUAUAAUGCAAAGAAUGGUCGUAGAUUUCGUGUCAUGGUUGUAAAACAAUUUUCUGAAGGGUUUCCUAUACAAAAACAUACCUCGACUACUAAUAUGUUACCAUUCUAUUCUGAUCCACCGAAUCGUCGGCCAAUUUGUAUUCAACCGAUUCGCACGCCUUUAAAUGCAUCAUUAAUGUCAGCGUUUUCAGCUCCAAAUAGCAGUCUUUUAAAGAGUAGUCUUACUACUGUUAUUGAUGGUGAUAAUGAUGAUUGCCAUCAUAGCAAUAAAGAGGAGUUCAUUCGUACCGCUAGAGUAACAUCAUCUACUCCUAAAGCUGGUAAUUCCACUUCACAUUCAUUGCACAAUCCAAAUUUCAGUCAUCUGUCAGAAUUCUAUGUAAAUUUAUAUGUACACAAGAAUAGACAUGAACUGGUCAAAUGCUGCUGUGAACAAAUAAAUGACAACAUGCCUAAUUUCAUUUCACAAAAUUCGACUAAUAAUUGUAAAGCUGAACAAAAUUCUAUAAAAGUUUUAACCUAUUUAUGCCUUAAAACCUCUAAUACAAUUGAAAAAAGAAAUACAAUCGUAUCUGGACUAGUAUUUUCAUCACGUUACAAAUUUCCAUACUUUGUUAUUGAUUUGGAUUCAAUCAGAACAUUUUUGAACAAUCUCCUCUGGUUAGUAGACGAAAAGAUUCAAGCUAAGCGUGAAAGUUCAUCGUCGCCUAGUACAGAAGAAACUGCAUCCACUUUUAUUGACUGGAGAUGUUUAGUGAAUAAUAAUAAAAUAUUGACUAUCUCUCUAUUAUCUCUGAAUUCAUCGGUUCACCAGACCUGCUCAAUGAUGGAACACUUACAAACAGGAGAUUCAAGUUCUCUGGCAAACAAUCAUACAACUAUUACUAUUAAUGAGGAUCCACAUUUUCAUUGUAAGAAUCCUGGUGAUUGCUUUUCGUGUUCUACACACUUUAUGCAGUUAGACCAGGUGAUGGAGUCGUUUGUAUGCCAACCUUCUAUUCCUUCGACAUAUGCAGCACGUGCUUUAAUCAUUCACUAUGCAUCCUCUUCUUGGUCUGAAAUUGGAAUUCAUUUGGAAAAUUCACUGAAAAAGUUGUGCUCUCUAUUUGAAUCCGAUCAACAUCAUGAUGCUGGUUGUAUUUUCUCGCUGAUAUUACUCGUUGCCUAUCAUUCUGGCUCGUCUCAACAAACUGCCAUAGAAGCUGAAGGAAUUUGUCACGGGUUAAAUUUCAUCCAACGUUUAGCUCAAACGUAUGAAUAUCCUGUUCUUUUACCACCGGUUUCGGAUAGCUGUCCAGCAGAGGUUGAAAUCACCAAGUCUAAUGCUGAGUUUACGUCAUCACCAUCAUCAUCACCACCCAACACAUCACAGGUGGAUCAAAAAGAUCGAUUAUAUACUCCUUUUUGUCCUAUGCUGUGUGAAAAAGUUCAUCCCAUGGGAAAUAAAAGAAAGCCAACUUUGAGUUUUUUGUCAUUAUCUCCGAUGGAUGAGGAAAAAGCUAAACUCUACAGCCGCAUAUUUCAAGGGAAAUUCAAUAGUUGGUUAUCAACAUCUUCAACGUCAGAUAGAAAUUUAACUCACUCAGCUUGCUCAACCACAACAGCAAACACUGAAAAUCAUCUUUCAAGUAUGCUUACAUUGAAAUGUUCACUAAGUCAAAGUCGUCAUGGUAGUCACACGCAUUCGAUAUCCGAUUCACGAAUUAUAAGCUCAACAAAUACUACAGUCGUCGCCGUCUCUCCAUCAAACAAUGAUAUAGUUACACUGCCCUGGCUACCGCUUAGUCCAAAUAGUGCGUUUCGUGUUCAGACUGGAAAAAAACCUCUGGGAAAUUGUAUACCAGAUUCUUGUGUUGUUAAGUCUGAUAACACGUUUUGUCGUAAAAAUUCUAAUAACCAUAGAAACAGUUCUCAAGAAAAUGGACUUAACUCAAUGGAAUGUUGUACUGUAAACCCAGUACUUUGUAAUGAAGAUACCUGUCCAAGUAACUUGAAGUCUUCUUCACUACCUCAAAUCGGUGAUUUCAGUUUAACCUGUCCACAGUCACGGCCUACUUCUGUUUUACUCUCCGGGAUGAAUUCUUCUGUAGAAGAAUACUAUACUGAACUGCCUAAAGUUACUCAAUCAGAUGUCUUUGGAUCAGAAUCCCGUCGUACACAACUUAAUAGACCUAAACGGCCUUAUCCACGUAUUGACUCGACUGAUUCGCAUUCAUCCUCUCCAUCGUUAAUCACGAAUGAAAAAAGUGUUUUAUCCUCUUCGGAUAUGCUGGGUUGUGAUCAUUCACCGACAAAGUGUCCUGGCACUGGUACUAGUACAAAUCGGAGUACUGUCCUCCAGACAUCUGAUCAUCAAAUAAUGCCAGAUAAUAUUUCAACUGUUUACGCUGAAGUGAAUGAUGCAUUUGUUUAUAACACAAUUCCACCAUAUCAUUCUUCGUCUUCGUCUGCCUCGCUAAUCUCAUCGUCGAAAGCAGCUUCUUUUGUUCCCGGUAAAAAAGUUCCAGAUGUAGAUCAUUAUGAUACGGCGGACUAUUCAGUGGAGAAACUUACGAAUAAUGACUUAACGUUAAAACCUGUUCAUCAUACCUGUUGUAUACAUAAUUUUAAAUUCUGUGAUACUAUGCAUCGAGAUGGUUUAGCUGUUCCAUUCCCUUCCAACCAGAACUGUUGCUCAGAUUCAUCGCAUUCCCACCUGUUAACGAACAGUCUUUCAUGUGAUAAAAUUCCCAGUGAUAUUCCUUUUCCCCGACGAGGUUCACAGUUUAAUCCAAAACUGACCAACUUACCAGCUUUACCAGCUUCAAAUGAGAUUCCCCCUAACUUAUUCCAUAAUUGUUCUUCUAUGUCUCCGGUUGCCUAUUUUUGGCCACCUAACCGGUUGACAUGUCCUCCGGUUUCUGGUUUCCCAUCUCCACCGAAUAUUUAUCCUUCCCCUGUGCUCCGCUUUCGUCCUACAUGUACACAAAACAACAUAUUAACAGGAGUAUGUCCCAGCAACAGUGAAUACCAACUGCCGAACACUUCACCUUUGUGUUUACAAUGUAAUAAUAGGAAUUGUCCGAACAAUCCUCCCCCUCAGCUUUGUACUUCUAUGGUGUCUGGAGAAUUUCCGUGUGCUUUCCAGACUUCGAUUCCCCAUCCAAAUCAGAAGGAAUCUGCCACUGGAAAUUCAAAUAUCACUCAUAAUAAAUUCGAUUUAUCCAGAAAACCAUUUUUAUUCGACACAGUAACAACAGCUUUGAGACGUCGCAGUAGUAGUUGGUUUCGGCAUAACUCACAAAGUAAUCGUAAAUCAAAGCCGUGAUACGUUUUUCCCCAUCAUUUUCUUUGUGAUGAUGAUA